CCUGGAAUAAACCAAACGAAUAAAAGGAUGAAAGCAAACAAAAACUAAAUCAAGCCAUGCCAUAAUUCAUUUUGCACCUAUGGUACACAUGAAAUUAACCGACAUAUCUAUUGCUAUUUUGUUACAACAGAAACUGAUUCUCAACUCAAAUGUAGUGCAAAUAAAAAUAGAUCUUGUGUAAUACAGUUAUGUGCUUGAUAACAAAAAUACAACGUAAAUGAUUAACAUAAUACGGGAGGUCAGAGCUGGCAUGUGCAGUCGUGGUAGUCAUUUUUCCUGUUAACAGGCUCCAAUACUCAGACCAAGCAACCCCGAUCAUGUUUAUAACCAGCAAAUUCAGUUUUCAAAUAAAUAUUUCUGAGCAAAGUCUGUUGGACAUGUCUUUCUAUUUUCAGUUGUAUAGCAAAGCUGCCCUUAUGGACUGAGUUCCUGUAGCAUGGGAACGGGCGUUUAGUACUGUUGGUAUUUCACGUUAUCUGCUUGCAGAGUCAGUUUACAAGUUUUUGCGGGAUGCCUGAGUCUGUUGGACAUGUCUUUUUUUAGUAGUUACCUAUGGGGACUCCACACAGCAAGCCAACGGAACAGACGACAUCAUCGCCGAUACCUCCAGGUAUAUGUUCACCAAGUCAAACACCAUCCCAGGAAACUGAAUGUGUUGCAGGCCCGAGAGAGGGGACAAGUGUUGACGACUCUAACGAACGGAUUAUACCCGUAGCCGACGUUGUUGACAUGAUGUACCCAUGUAGUCCAGGAGUCCAUAUUACUCCCUACGAACGGAUGAUACUUCAGACCGAUGGCGAUAGCACAUGUGAUACUCCAGAUCAACCAUCCUCUAUGGACCUUCAUGAAAAAAGAGAGCUAAUGAAAGCUCGGAGGCGAGCUGCUUAUAGAAAGAAAAAAGAGAAGGCUACCGUCAAGCAACAAGAUGAAAAAUUGUCUGCCCUUACGAUAUCAGAUAUGCAAAAUGUUCCCAUGUUACCUCUCGGUGAUAUCACUAAGGUGUGUCAACCAACCUCGGUGGACCUUGACGAGAAAAAAGAGCUAACAAAUGCUCGAAGGCGAGCGGGUUAUCGAAAGAAAAAAGAGGAGGCAGCCAGCAAGCAACAAGAUGAAAAUCUGCCUGCGAUUACGAAAUCAGUUAUGCUAAAUGUUCCCCAAUUACCUCUCGGUGAUAUCACUAAUGUGUGCCAACCAUCCUCGAUGGACCUUGACGAGAAAAAGGAGCAAAUAAAGGCUCGGAGGAGAGCUGCUUAUCGAAAGAAAAAAGAGGAGGCAGCCAGCAAGCAACUAGAUGAAAAUCAGCCUGCCCUUACGAUAUUGGGUGCAUACCUAAGCAGAACCUUUGGUGAUGGUGCUGUAGAUGGCGACCUCAUCGAAAUCAAUGAGCACCUACAAAAUGCCGACCAGCAAACCAGUGAUCCGGUAACAAAGGCAGAUAAUGGAGCGGACGAGCAGAGUCAUGAGUCCAAAGCUCGGCGUGGGACGAGAGAGCGAGCUUGCAAGGGAAGUAUGGCGGCGAAGACGCGUCAGGUGAAAAUUGGGAAGCAAAAAACAUGUUCGAAGGUACCACAUGGUGAGAGGAAUGCUCUACGCGACCGGCGUAAUGAAAGGUUUGCAGGUAGGGUGAUGACACCAACCGUCAGGUCCAUCUCCAUACCGGAAAUGAGCUCAACUGGACAACCUACCGUACUGGAAGCACACGGUGCCUCGACCCCAUCUAGCACGCCGGAGUACACGAUCAGAAGUGAAGACGACAUGGACGCUUACCUUAGUCGUCUCAUGAAUGAUAAUGUCAACCCUGACAUCCUCUUUGACGAUGAGUAUUACCUUUUUGCUGGUGAAGGCUCAGAUGUUGAUGACAUGGAGCACGACGAAUUGGAAGACUCAAGUCAAAAUACAUAUGUCGACCAUGAUCCAUUGGACUAUGUCUACUCAAACCUCCCGGACCACACACACAUCCUGAAGCACGCCGCAAAUUGCCAUCACUGCAAGGCCAAGAAGUUUGUGUCCGAGGCCCCGGGAUUCUGUUGUCGCAGUGGGCAGAUCCAGCUGAAGCAACCGGAUCCCAUCCCGGAGCUAAUGAGGCUUUGGUCUAGCAUGGAUGCGGACUCAAGGCAUUUUCGGGAGAACAUACGGUUCUUCAACGGCCACUUCUCCUUCACAACCCUCGGCAUCAGCCUUGAUGAAAGCUACACAAACAUGAAGUCUGGGCUGUACACGUUCCGUGCGCACGGCACCAUCUACCACAACGUUCAUUCCUUUGGGCCAACAUCACGUCCAGAUCAUCUACAGCUGUACUUCUACGACGAUGACCCGGGCCUAACCCAUCGCAAGGCUGCCACCGAGCAAUUAGACUAGGAUGUUGUCAGAAAGUUAGUGGACAUACUCAGGGAAAACCCGUACUCCCAGCAGUUUAGGAGUUUGGGUGCGCACAUGUACGUGAUGAUGAUGAUGAUGAUGAUGCAGAGGGGAAUAGCAGGUUAUACGUCUCGGUGAGAGACUACUACUGUUACAUGCUCCAGACACGACCUGGGAUAUUCAAUCCCAUACUCUGUGGAGCACGAUUGCUCCAACAAUGGGGGGUGGACAUGUACAUCAAGAUUGAGAGUUGUAGGUUGAAAUGGUACAGGAAGAAUCAGACAAAGAUCCGUGCCGACCUGUAUAAAGGAGUUGUUGAUGCAAUUACAUCCGGGGAGACUCGCGCAAGCGCUAUUGGGGUAAGGAUAGUGCUCCCUGGAACAUACCCAGGUGGCGACCGCGACAUGAAGCGGAGGCAUAUGGAUGCCAUGGCAAUUGUCCAUACCUACGGGAAGCCUGACAUCUUCCUGACCAUGACCUGCAACCCUAACUGGGAAGAGAUAACGAAUGAGUUGUUUCCUGGUCAGACAGCGCAAGACCGGCCUGAUCUUGACAUUAGGGGUAUGUUGCAGUCCAUGGGCAAAGACAUAGCUGAUUUCGCUCUUCCAUGCAUUGACGACUCGUUCGACCCAACCGAGGGCGAGGCCAGAGAAGUGAUCGAGGAAUCCAACGUCGAUUUUGACAUCAAUGACACUAAAUUGGCUUCGUCGCUAAACUCAGAGCAGAGGGCUGCAUAUGACGAGAUACUAGCUUCUGUUGAACGCGGUGAUGGGGGUGUGUUCUUUGUUGAUGGCCCGGGAGGUACAGGGAAGACCUUCCUGUACAGGGCGCUGCUCGCCAAGGUUCGAAGCGAGGGAAACAUCGCUAUCGCUACCGCGACGUCAGGCGUCGCCGCUUCUAUCAUGCCUGGAGGCAGGACUGCCCACUCGAGGUUCAAGAUCCCAUUGAGCUGCGACGAUGGCGCCUCAUGCACCUUCACGAAGCAGAGUGGUACCGCCAAGCUACUGAGGAUGGCCUCAUUGAUACUAUGGGAUGAGGCCACCAUGACUAAGCGACAGGCGGUUGAGGCACUGGACAACAGCAUGCGCGACAUCAUGGGAAGACGGGACCGACCCUUUGGAGGAAAAACUGUUGUGUUUGGCGGGGACUUCAGGCAGGUGCUUCCGGUCGUCAGGAGGGGGUCCCGGGGUUAGAUAAUCGAUGCAACCCUCCGAAGUUCACACCUCUGGAAGGGUAUGCGCCAGCUAAGGCUCAUCACCAACAUGAGGGCUCAUAAUGACACCUGGUUUGCGGACUACUUGCUAAGGGUAGGCAAUGGCACCGAGGAAGUUGACGAUCAAGGAAACAUACGACUCCCUGAAGAUAUUUGUGUGUCGUCUACAGGCGAGGGUGACGACCUGGAGAAGCUGAUUGACCAUGUGUUUCCGAGACUAGAUGACAACAUGUCCGAUCCGAAUUACAUGACUUCACGCGCAAUCCUCUCCACCACGAACGACAACGUCGACAAGAUAAACAUACGCAUGGUAGAGCGUUUUCGGGGAGAAGAAGUAAUCUACCAUAGCUUUGACAGUGCAGAAGAUGACCCAUAUGGCUACUACGCUCCCGAGUUCCUAAAUGGAUUGACUCCGAACGGUCUGCCACCGCAUGCACUCAAACUGAAGCUCAACUGCCCAGUCAUACUUCUCCGGAACAUUGAUCCGGCUAAUGGUCUGUGUAACGGGACGAGGCUUGUGGUGCGAGGUUUCGAGAGGAAUGCCAUCGACGCAGAAAUCAUGAUCGGACAACACGCAGGUAGGAGGGUAUUCCUUCCUCGAAUACCCCUAUGCCCGUCUGACAACGACAUGUUUCCAUUCAAGUUCAAGAGGAAGCAAUUUCCUGUAAGACUUAGCUUUGCUAUGACGAUUAACAAGGCUCAAGGCCAGACGAUUCCGAUUGUUGGUGUGUACCUACCUAAUCCGGUGUUCUCUCAUGGUCAACUGUAUGUUGCAUUGUCUCGAGCCACCGCAAAGAGAAAUAUAAAGAUCCUCAGUGAGAAGGAGAAGGAGAAGGAGAAUGCCAAGAAGAAAAGCGGUAAAUCUAAGAAGCGAAAAAGACCUGCCUUGUCCUUACAGACCGCGAUGAAGAACAUCGUCUAUAAGGAAGUCCUUACGGGCUGAAGUCCCCUCUUAAAUAUGUGAGAGGAUUUACUCUUAUGCUACAGGUUUGGCGCAAGGAAACGACUGUUAUUAGUUGCGAGGUCCAACGGCGGUGAUCGGAUUCGGAUGACUUGAGCAAAGCUGUGAAAAUUCAUAUGUACCAAACAAUAUGUCCAGAUGCUUGGCUAUUCACCAAGAACGCAGACUGUAUGCUUAA